AUGGGCUUCCGCGACUUCAUCACCGGCCUAAUCGAGGAUAAGCUCGAGGGCAGCUCGUCCUCGUCCCAGCCGCAACAACAAUACCAACCCCAACCCGAGAGUUCCGGCUACAACAACUACGCAGCGCCCUCCGGCCCCCCUAGCUCAGCGCCCCAAGUCCCCUACCCCUGGGUCGCACGAUGGGACGAACGCAGCCAGCGCUAUUACUACCUGAAUGAGCAGACUGGGGUGACGAGCUGGGAGGUACCGUCCGCUGCUCCGUCGUACGGAGGUGGUUAUGGUGCUCCGCCGCAGCAGCAGGGAGGGUAUUAUGGCGCUCCUGCUCCCGAGAGGGGGUACUAUGGUGGUGGAGCACCUCAGGCAGGCUACUAUGAGCAGCAGCAGUACGAGCAGCAGCCGCAGAAGGAAGGCCAUGGGGGGAUGAUCGCUGGUGCGGCGGCUGGUGCGGCUCUUGGUAUUGUUGGUGGUGCGAUUGCGAUGCAUGAGGCCGAUGAGCUUGGCGACGACAUCCAGCGCGAAGAAGACAAGAUCGAGCAGAAUGUGGAGGAUUUUCCUGAGGAUGCGGCGCGGUGGACGGGUGAAGCGGUCGGCGAAGUCGAGGAAAUCCCCGACAAGAUCGAAGAUAAAUUCGACGACGCAGUCCAAGACGUCGAGGACUUCCCCGAGAAUGCCGCCGAAUGGACUGGCGAAAAGGUCGGCGAGGUUGAGCAAUUCGGGGAUAAUAUCGAGAACGGUUUCGAUGAUGCCGUUGAUGAUGUCGAGCAGUUUGGAGAUAACAUGGAGAAUGCGUACGAUGAGGGGAAGGAGGAGGCGUAUGAAGAUGAUUAUUGA